UGGCAACAGAUAGAUACGGAUAGUCGAGAUGAAAGUAUUCGUUUCGCUUUUGGUUUUGGCUUUGGUGCUGUGCGCUGAGACGGCAAGCAAUUUCCCUUCGUACGUGACGCAAUGCAAGAGGGACGAGAAUUUGAACAAAUGCGUGAUCGACAACGUCUACGUGAUCAAAAACCACUUCGAUAAGGCCAUCCCGAAGCUGUACCUCCCAAAGUUCAAGCCUUACAUCAUCCCGCAAUUCGAUAUCCAAACUGGUCAACUGAUGGGUUCCGCCAAAAACGUGGUGCUGAAUAAUCUGGAUCAGUUUGUGCUGAACGACUUGAAGAUGGAUCUGGAUAAGAACGAAUUCUUCGUGGACGUCACCUUCGAUAGGAUUGAUGGUGAAUGCGAUUACACGUUGAAGGGAAAACUGCUGCUUUUACAACUGAAUGGCGGUGGAAAGGCCCAAUUCUUCUUCAACAAGGUUCACGCAGUGCUGAAGAUGACCGGAGAGGAUAUGGUUAAAGGCGACGAGCAUUAUAAAUCAUUUAACGACUUGAAACUGGUACUGGAAAUUGACGGCGAUUCUCACAUCAACUUGGAGGACAUCAUUCCGAACAACAAAGAGAUCUCCGACGUUACGAACAAGGUGAUCAACGAGAACAUCAAAGAAAUUGUUAAAGAUUUGAUUCCUUACUUUGCCGAUGCGAUGUCGCAAAUCGUCUCGAACAUCUUGAAAGGCGUUUUCAACAACUAUUCACUAGAGAAAUUAUUCACCUAUAAAUGCGGACUACCCGGAUCGAUAUCAUCCAGAAGAAUGCAGGUGAUGAACAUGAAUACGUUAAUUGUCUUGGUGUUCGUGGCAGGAAGCUGUGCCGCCAUCAAAUUCCCGCCGUUCGUAACGCAGUGCAAGCGAGAUGCUAACUUGAACAAAUGCUUGAUCGAUAACAUCGAUGUCCUGAAGAAGGAUCACUUCACGAAACCCAUACCGAAACUGUUCCUUCCUCAGUUCAGUCCAUUCCAUAUACCGCGAGUCGACAUCCAGACUUCAUCGUUGAAUAUCACCUGCUUGGAUCUGUAUUUGAGCCACAUGGACACGGUCGUCGUGAAUGAAUUGAAAAUGGACUUGGAAAAUGUCGAGCUGUUCGUGGAUGUUCUCUUCGAGAAGCUCGAUGGACGCUGCGAUUACCAGAUGAAAGGAAAGCUUUUGGUCCUCGAGCUGAACGGUGGCGGAAAGGGCGAAUUUAAUUUAACCAAAGUUCGUGGUCUCAUCAAAUUGAAAGGUGAUAUGAUCACCAAAGGUGGCGAACAUUUCAUUUCCUACAAGCAAAACGAGUUGUCAUUGGAUAUGCAAGGAGAUAGCACUGUUAAAUUGGAGAAUAUUAUCAAUAACAACAAGGAGUUAUCAGAUGCUACUAAUAAAAUCGUCAACGAGAACAUCAAGGACUUCAUCAGCGAAAUCCUUCCAUCCAUCGCGGACACCGCAGAGCAAAUCUUCUUAAGCAUCAUGAACAAACUCACGCAGACUUAUUCCAUCGAGCAAUUGUUCAUUCAAUAA